AUGAAGCUCUUCCCUCUUUCCAUUUCCGUCACCAUGGUGACUGCCAUUGCUCUCCCGGUUGUCAAGAUUCUUGUCGAUGAAGCCGCCCUCCCAGACUCUAUCCCCAGAGUCUUCCACGAAAACGAACGCAUGAAUCGUACUUGCACCCGCCAUAUUGAUUGUGGCGCUGGUGUGUGCCGGGAUGGCCAUUGCUACUACGAUAACCGUUUUGGAUGUUUCCCCGACCGCAUCUGUGACAUUGGAACUUGCUACCACGGUUACUGCUAUGUCGACGAAGAUCACAUCCCCUGGGACGAUGGGGGUAUGCCCAACAACUUUGAUAACGAUAAUGACAACGGUGAUGUUGCCAAGAAAGACUUCUGGAGUACUGGCAACGAUGACAAGACCUUUCGCGAAAUGAUAGAUGAUAUUCAUCAGCGGGCCAAGGCUAGGCCAUCGAUGGCUAAGCGCGAGGCGCAAUGUGAAGGAAUCGACAUUGACUGCCAACCCGGCCAAUUUUGCAAUAGGGGUAUCUGCUUCUUUCCCAAUCUACCGGACAUGGCAGAGCGUAGCGAGCAAGGUCUCUGCAGCAUUCCCGGUGAAUGUGCUCCCUACGAUUAUGGCCCAGAUGAUCUAGAGAAAAGCAAUAUCAACAAGGAUGUUAACUGCCACAACGAUGAGCAAUGUUCGCCUGGAGUCUGUCAGGAUGGCAUCUGCCUUCUCAAAUAG